AUGUUUACAGGCAAGACUUGGCAGGAUUUACCAGGCUGUGACUUUGUGCUGGAUUUCAUUGGAAAAAUGGAGGAAGGCAGCUGGCCCUCUGGCUCCUCCCCUAACUAUCCCAUAACACCAGAGGGGGAUGAAUGCUACUCUUGGCAGCCCUCUCAAGAUACGAUGCUAGUGAACAUCCCUCCUGCACCAAGCAUUCAGGCACCAUCACUGCCUCAAAAUUUUGACAAAGAUUGUGAUGUCUACCCAGAAUCAGGCACCAGAGAUAGUCAGAAGUCCUCCAGAGGGACAGAUGAUUACACUAAUGGUCUUUUCAUGCCCAUUCCGCAACAGGGAUCCAGAGCUCGUAUAUUAAGUAUGGAGAAUGAGAGGAGUCUCACCGGACGCAUGAAAGGAGGUGGAAAAAUUGGACCCACUCAUCAAGGAAUCUUUCCCACUGCAGGAUAUUCAGGAAUGAUGCAUAUGCCCACUUACCAGCCUGUGGCAGCUAUGGGAGGAAUGAUGCCUGCAACCAUACCAACGGUGCCAGCACUAGGCGGAAUGGGAACAAUGCCAGCUAUGAUUAUGCCUCAGCCCAUGAUGCCAUCAGUGGAUCCCAACCAGUUAGCAGCAGCACAGCAACAAGCCUUUAUCAACCAGCAGGCCUUGCUCAUGGCUCAACAGAUGACUCUUCAAGCAGUGACAAUUUCUCAGCAGCAACAAGAGCAGCAACACCAGCAAAAAGGGAGGUCUCCUGAGUUUCCAACACUAAGGCAUGCAUCUCCACGGAGGAGAUCUCCUGAAUCUCCCAGGCGAGGAUCAUCAUGGAGGAGGUCUCCCGAGUAUCACAGGCGAGCUUCACCGAGGAGGUCUCCUGAAUCUCCAAGGCGAGCAUCAAGGAAGAGGUCUCCUGAAUCUCCAAGGCGAGCAUCAUCACGGAAGAGGUCUCCUGAAUCUCCAAGGCGAGCAUCAUCACAGAGGAGGUCUCCUGAAUCUCUUAGACCACUGCGAGCAUCACUUCAAGAGAAGCCGCCUGAACGUUCAAGUCCAAAAAAGGCUUCUCCUCUAUCUAAACCAGCUCUGGAUCCUAAACACAGCAACAAAGAUGUACCAGAAUCUCUGCCUCAGCUACCAGCAUCGAUCCACAUCUCCCAGGAAAAUCAUACAGAAGACAGAAGACAUGAUUCUGUCUCUCGUGCAACUUUCCAGAAGAAAAUUGAGUACUUCCAGAGAAUGGGGCAGAAUAAAAGCCCAAUGAAGAUAGAACCUCCAAGGAAGAUGAACUUUGAGGAACAUCUGGGAUCUCCUGAACCAAAUUCAGGCCCUUCUCAGGAAGACAGUGACCAAGUCGUGAAAGUAAACAAGGCCCUUCCCCCUAGAGUGAAGCAUUUGGAACUAACACCAAAACCUGAACCCAGCAAGGAGAUACGGGAAAUCAUUAAAACACACCAAAGCCGACCAGUCCCACCACCAAAACCUAUCGUGCCUAUAGGGAAUGUCUCUUUCUUGAAGAAGAAUGACCCCAAAGAGGAAGCUCUAACAAAGCUAGGGAUUGUGGGAUCAAGUCCUUCACUGCCUCCCUCUUCAUCUCCUCCUCCUCCACCACCACCACCACCACGCCCGCAACAACAAGCUGUCAAGCUAUCCAACACCAUCAAAGAGAAGCAGCAGCCCCUUAUGAAUCUUUUUGCUCGGGGCCCCUCCUCUCCUCCUACCUCAGGAGUCCCUCUCCCUCACCUUGGCCCUGGGUCACCCCCACCAGCAUAUUCUCCUCCUUCAGACAAUGCACCUAGCUUGAAACGCUCAGAUUUGACUGAAAUGGAAGAAAGUGCCAGCUGCAAAACCAAGCUCAUCAAUCUUUCAGCCAGUGUCUGCUUCUCCUAUGCCAACCCUACUUGGAAACUGUUCCUGCGUAAAGAAGUUUUUUACCCCAAGGAAAACUUCAGUCACCCUUACUGCCUAAAUCUGCUAUGUAAUCAGAUCAUCAGAGAUACUCACUCAGAGUCAUGCAUUCGGAUCUCCAAAGAAGAGAAGCGCAAGAUGAAAUGUCUGUUAACGGAGUUCCAGGCGGGCAGGGAUGCCAGAUCCAUUCCAGAAGAUGGGAUGAAGAAGAGGAUUGUGGUAGCUGCUCGUGAUAACUGGGCCAACUAUUUCUCUCGUCUUUUCCCGGUGAAUACAGAUCUGCAUCUCGAAUGCAUAAAAAAACGAGCAGGUGAAGAUGAGCCGGUGAAGGACAUGCUUUUCGGACUGGCCGGUUGUUUAAAGAGCCGGGUAAUUUUCCACCAGCCACGACCAUUUAAGAAAAAUCAAUGGGGACACCGGAAGAUGAAUGGGCAGCUGGAAGCGCAGCGGGACGAGGGGCUCGGCUGUCGCUCGGCGGCGACCGCUGGGGAAUAUUAA